GCAGAUACCAGUCAACAAAAAAGUAAUGCCAAAUUCUUUGAAAAUUCUCGAAACCAAAGAGGGAAUACAAUGGCGGAAUUUCCACUACGCACACGCAAAGCUGCAAAUGACGACCAGAACUUCAACAUUUUUGGUUGCUUUUGGAACGGGAAUCCUGACGUCAUAUCAAUUCAACAGCCCCACUGCAGUACCUUCCUUCGUAGUUUCGCUUCUUUCGGUGAACUCAGUCAUUCUGAUCGCCUUGCAUGCGUUCUCUGUUAUCAUCGGCACGUGUUUGCUGCCCAACUUUCAAGUUGCCAAGGAAGAGUAUGUCGCGCCUCAAGAGGGCCAAACCAAAAUGAACGCCGUGCCCUCGUUUUCACCACACGAACAGUACUCGAGGUUCAUCAAGGCAAGCCAAAGAAUUUCCAACGUCUUCGGCCUGUUAAUUUUCCUCCUCGAAGUACCACUGGUGGCGUGGGUCAAAUUCUGGGACGUUUCGCAAACCGCAUGCAUCGCCUGCACGGCGAUUACGAUUCCCAUCAUGGCCCUUUUUGUAAUUUUUGUCUGGUAUUUUAAUUUCAAGUACAAAACGCACAUCUACCAUACCAGGCAAAUUUUGAUUGACGAGGUUGAAGAAGAGUACAAGAGCAGGUCACAAGAGUCGCUACAUGUGAUCCAUAAUUUCAACCAAGUGCACCAAAUGCCCAAAAUUGUGUCACGAAGGCACAGCCUGGAUGCCAAUUUCAGGCCGGGCAGCCCUCCGUGCCAUUUGGAAAUGAAGUUUCACUCACAGCCAAGUCUCACCCUUGAAACCGUGUUUGAGGAAUAACAAAAAGAAUAAAUUCAAGCAACAUGUUCAUAUAAUAUCUGGUUAUAUUUUUAAUGCCUCGGAGAUAAAACUAAUCAAUUCAGUUAGUAAAAUUAAUUUAGAAUGCACGCUUUUCAAGCAAUUGGAAAAUGAAAUGCCUGCUUAAAAAUAUAAACUCUAAAUGCCAGAAUGCAAUAUGCCGACAACCACCUCGAGUGCUGAAUAAUUUCAGAGAAAUGUACAAAAUAAACCAUCUGGGAAAAUAAUGCAAUUAUAAAUAGGUUUCACAGCAAUACUUUUCUUAACUAAACCCCAACAAGUUGGAAAUUGCAUCGAUUACAACCUGUUCAGAAGCAGAAAAUGAUCUCUGGGAUUUGGCCGUCCUCGACGGAGGUGCCAUUGUUGUUACCUGCGGCGUAGGAAAAGUUGAAAGUGACCUUGCUUCCCGACGGACAGUCCAAAGUGACCUUCCGCAUUCCUUUGCUGCCGUAAUGAGAAUCAGGCCCCUGAGAAAUUAUAUUUUUUCAUAAAAUUUCAAAUCAUUAUUCAAACCGCACCCAUACCUUGAUGGUGACUGAGGCAAUGUAGCUAUUGUUGGCCAUGAUCUCAACAGGCUGUUUGAAGGUCACACGGAAUGUGUUGUUGAAGCCGUCGGUGCUGUAGCUGAUGUGGUUCGAGGCGAUCACCCGGCCAGAAACUGUGUGGAUGAUCUCGAUGGUGGCCGAGUAGUCGGCAGGGCCGUGGAUGGACCCGUAAAGACCGAAACCUAUGACGUAGAUCUUCUUGUCGACGGUGAAUCGAACUCGAUCACUGGUGCCCGAGUAGCCCCAGCGCGUUUCAACCUCCUUGAAGCGGUUGAUGGUCAACUCCUUGCCCAGGUUGCAGCAGCGGGGAGCGUCGAGGAAGUUGAUGGCUGGUUUCGGGUUGACGGUGAAGUAGAGAAAAAGGGAGACGAGUUCUCGGUCGGAUAAAAGACCUGAUUGGGCUGGCCCUUGAGCGAAUUCCUCUACGCUCAUCAGGGGAAAGCGGACAAGCAGGACGGCGCGUCCCAGAACUGAACGCUGAUGCUCAGGGGUGGCUGGAAGAUUUUGACGGGCGCACUCUGCUUCGGACCAUCUGGAAAAAAGGGAUUUUAACCAAUUUUAUUGCUUCCUAUUUUUAUAUAAAUAAAA